GUGAAUUUCUAAUCAGAUGUUUUUGUCGUGCGUUGUGUUUUUCGUACGCUGUUAUGUAUAUCGCGCAUAGUUUUAUAUUGUUAUAAAUUAAAAUAAGUGCUUAUUAAAAUGAUUAUACGCUGUGUCUGCUUAAAAGGUGCGCUUACACGCCUUACAAGUCACUGUGGUGUACGCCAACCAUUCGUGUCAUUGCGGCCAGCAACAAUUAAUAGAGGUUUUAUCACACUACAUGGCGUACGUUCAAUACAAAAACAAAUAUUCAGUCCCACUGUGCGUGGUAAUGUAUGCCUGCGGCUAGCGCGAUUUCGGAGUAAUGUAAGCAAUAAUGCACAGCAAGUCGAGAAAGCCACCAAGGUUAAAUUACAUAGGAAGGAUGUAAUACGACUUAUUGGCUUAGCGAAGUCGGAAAAAUUGGUACUUAUUGCGGCAAUGGGUUGCCUGGUGAUUUCUUCGGCCAUAACAAUGAGUGUACCAUUCGCACUGGGAAAGAUAUUGGACAUAAUUUUUGAUAAGAAAGAAACGCAUGCGGCGACUAUGGAUAAGUUGAAAGAUUUUUCAAUUAUUUUAUUAGCAAUCUUCGUACUUGGUGGCUUGACUAACUACCUCAGGGUUUACCUCUUCAAUAGCGCAUCUUUGCGCAUUGUGAAAGAUUUGCGAACUAGGGUAUAUAAUCGCAUGCUCUUACAAGAAACGGGCUGGUUCGAUACGAAAGGUACUGGAGAACUGCUCAAUCGUUUAGUUAAUGACACAUAUAUGAUCGGCAACUCACUAAGUCAAAAUUUAUCUGAUGGUUUGCGCUCCACUGUUAUGAUUAUAGCGGGCACGUCAAUGAUGAUAUAUACAUCACCUAGUUUAGCGCUAGUUAGCACAUGCGUUGUACCAUGCGUCGCCGGUAUGGCUAUUAUCUACGGGCGCUAUGUACGCAACAUUACACGAAGUCUUUUGGACAAAUUCGCUAAUAUAUCAAAAACUGUAGAGGAGCGUCUGGGCAAUAUAAAGACAGUAAAAGGUUUUUGCAAAGAGCAUGAAGAGAGUAAAGCUUAUGAGCUGCUACUAGCUGAUGCUUUAAACCUUGGUUAUAAGGAGGUGAAAGCACGUUCUCUAUUCUUUGGUUUGACUGGUUUCUCCGGCAACGUUAUAAUAAUUUCUGUACUUUAUUAUGGUGGCACACUAGUUAUUAGUGACGCACUCAGUAUAGGCGCAUUGACAUCUUUCAUACUGUACGCUGCCUAUUCUGCUAUAUCCAUUAAUGGACUCUCCAAUUUUUAUACAGAAUUAAAUAAAGGUGUAGGGGCAGCGCAGCGUGUCUGGGAAAUACUCGAUCGUCAAUAUGCAAUCCCAUUACAUACAGGUUUCAUACCGCAAAUUGCACCGCGUGGAGAAAUUAAGUUCGAAAAUGUUUUAUUCAGUUUUCCAUCCCGUGUGGAGAGCAUAAUUUUGAACAACUUUAAUCUCAUUCUCCUGCCUGGCGAGACAACUGCAGUGGUGGGACGUAGUGGUUCAGGCAAAACAACAAUAUCUACAUUGCUGUUGCGUCUAUAUGACCCUCUACAAGGGCGAGUACUAUUAGAUGGUACUGAUCUGAGAGAAUUAAAUCCUAUCUGGCUACGUAGUCAUAUUGGUGCAGUAAAUCAGGAACCUACGCUUUUUUCUGGCUCAAUACGUGAUAAUAUACUGUACGGCCUUAAUCCGGGCACUAAAGUUAACGAGGAAGCAUUUGCAGAUGCCAUUCGUAAAGCACAUGUAGACGAAUUCGCCUCACAACUACCAAAUGGUCUGAAUACGCUUGUUGGACAACGUGGUAUGAUGCUAAGUGGUGGUCAGAGGCAACGUGUAGCGAUAGCAAGAGCACUUAUUAAGAAUCCUGCGAUAUUGAUAUUGGAUGAGGCCACCAGCGCGCUGGAUUCUGUAUCCGAAGAAUUGGUUCAGAACGCCAUCGAACAAGUAUCCAAAGGACGCACAGUACUUACAAUUGCGCACAGGUUAAGCACUAUACGUAACGCUGACAAAAUUGCAGUUUUAGAAAACGGUAGUGUAGUAGAGCAAGGGCGCUACGAUGAAUUGAUUACAAGUGAAGCUGGUACGUUCAGAGAAUUAAUUCGGAAACAGGCAUUUAUGGUGAAUUCUUAACACUUUAUGCCCUGAGCCAUAAAGGCUUGUAAUAAAAUUGUUUCAAUUUUAUGGUGUCUAUGUUGGUGCAAUGUAACAAUAUUGAUUAUUGUUUAAUUAUUGUAAAUAAAAUGUAUUCUUUUAUGAAUACAUAAAUUUAGUAGAGAAUUGGAUGAGAUUGUACAGUUAUACGAUAAUCCUUUUGUUGUUAUUUAACUGUAUAAAAGUCUUAAGAAAUAAAUAUUUCCUUUAAGAUGGCCAAAA